UGAGUCACAGAUUGUGAUUUCAGUGGAUUUUGACCACUGAUAACAUUCCACCAAUAGCUGUCUACAGGAUAUUCACAGAUAUCAACAAUAAUGGAUAAAAGUUGUAACUCAUCAAAAAAAGUUGCUUCAUCAACCAAAGUUACUAAAUAUGUGCUCUGUAAGAUGCCAGCAGACUGGACUACUCUGCCUGUGCAUUCUGACAUCCAGGCUACUCCACGACGCGAAAGUAUUGCAGUUUAUGCCAAGAGACCGCGAAACCAAAACCUUGUUUAUGAAGGCUUCAUUUGUCCACCUAGUCUUGAAAAGCUGUAUAUGUCAGGGUUUAUGCUACCACCAAAGGAGGAAAGCUUUGCUAAGAAGUAUGAAAUACUGCAGGAGAAGAUCAGAGCUGAGGAGGCCGAGGCUGAAGCUCUGAAAAAAGUCAUCUCAGAAGAUAAAAGGAGCACCAUGGCACAAUCUGCAGCAAGCAGCAAACCGGGGCAAGGUGUUGUCAGAGCACAACCAAGCACCACACCUGGCUGUGAAGAUACAGCUAAAAAGAUACCAGUACAUCUAAAUACGUUUUUACAGUGGACAGAGUCCAACAAUGAUUAUCCACUUCCGGAAGAAAUCCUCAACGGAAGAGAGGGUUUAUCCCCAGGAGGGGCAGAGUGUUAUUUUGAACCUAUGGUGGACACAGUGGACACGGACUUCUUGAACUCUUUUAAUGCUUAUCUGAAUCCUCCUGAACAGUUAGGCUCGGAAAAACCUCUCCUAAAAUUUGAAGCUUGUCAGUGUGAAGAAUGUGAAUCUUUGCAUAUUUUGUGAAAAUAAAUAUUUUGAGCAGCA